AUGAGCGACGGCGAGCGCCGCGACGAGGACGUCGCGACCACCAGCGCCGCAGAUGACGACGACGAUGAGGACUACGAGGAGCCUGGCGGAGAGAACCAUUUCCUGGGGUUCAUGUUUGGCAACGUCGACGAUGCCGGCGACCUGGACGCCGACUAUCUCGACGAGGAUGCGAAGGAACAUCUUUUUGCGCUAGCAGACAAGCUUGGUGCAUCCCUGAAAGACAUUGAUCUGACUAAGUCUUCUCCAGCAACAGCCGAUCCUUCUGAGCAAGAUUAUGAUGAGAAAGCAGAGGAUGCUGUUGACUAUGAAGAUAUUGAUGAACAAUAUGAUGGACCUGAAGUUGAAGCAGCUACAGAGGAAGACCAUUUGCUAUCCAAGAAAGAUUACUUCUCCUCAAACACAAUGUUUGCUUCAGUCAGUAGUAAAGUUUCAGUGUUUGAUGAGGAGAACUAUGAUGAGGAUGAAGAACCACCCAAUGAUAUCGAGUUACCUGGUGAUAAUGUUAUACAAGAUGUCAUUUCAGCCGAGCAGACGGAAAUAUCACCCUCUAAUGAUAAUCCUGCCAUCGGAAAGGUAUCUAGCCCGUUGCCACAAUCUCAGGAAACUAUGGAUGUUGAAUAUGAAGUUUGUCAGGAAGAAAUUGACACUGAGGAAGAUCAACUCGAGUCUAAAUCUGCGACUACCCUCCCUGUUUUAUGCAUAGAGGAUGGGAGUGUGAUCUUGAAGUUCUCUGAAAUUUUUGGUGCACAGGAGCCUGUAAGAAAGGCCAAGACAGAUCAGCAUAAGCGGCCAGUGAAUAAAGAGCUCCGUAUCACAAACAUCAGUGACAUUGUUGAGGAUGACGAGGAAGUAUUUCUAAGGAGUACUAUUCAAGAUGUCCCAUCUUUGAAGCAUAUCAAGACAAAUGAAGAUUUUAUCGAGAGUGACAGUGAUGAGUUAAUUUCUAGUGAUACUUUUGGGUUUAAAGAUUUGUGUCUUUCUGAACAACCAAUGAAGGAUGUACACAAAGAGUUCCCUACUGCUAAACAAACUCUAGUUUGUCCUGAUGUUUAUCCACUUGAGCAUGAAGACUGGGAAAAUGGUAUCAUUUGGGGCAAUUCACCAGCAAGUGAAAGUCAGUCUUGUUUAAAAAGCUGUGUCAUAUCUGAAGAGAGCUCUGAUGCUCACAGUGAAGAUGAGGCUAAGGAUUAUGGUUAUGUAUCCGGGCGUUGUGAUGUACAGGAUAAAAAUAAUGGUUCUCCAGUAAUAAGAGAGCCUUUUGGCUGUACAGAAAUGCCUGCUUCAGCUAGUUAUCAUUCCCCUGAGAAUAGUUACCCUCCAUUGAUAAAGGAGACUCCUCAAGAGAAGAAUGACUUAGACCAUGCGGAACCAAAUAACAUAAAUGGAACAGUUAAAAUCAAUACGAUGAAGUGUUUAAGCAACCUCUCUCUUCUGAACAAGGAACUGUUGGAAGGAUCUUGGUUGGACAACGUAAUUUGGGAUCCCAGUGAGGAUACUCCUAAGCCUAAGUUAAUCUUGGAUCUGAAAGAUGACCAGAUGCUUUUCGAGAUUUUAGAUGAGAAGAAUGGGGAUCACCUCCGCUCACAUGCUCGUGCGAUGAUUGUUAGUCGGCCAAUGAAGACUGCAACAGUGGAAAAUGUUGGCCAUAACAACCAAGCAAUUACAUUGGAUGCCCAAUUCAACAUUUCCAAUGACAAAUUUUAUUCCAACAGGAAGAUGUCGCAACAAGCUAAAUCUCAUACUAAAAAGCGUUCUUCAAUGGGCAUAAAGGUGGUACAUUCUGUUCCUGAAUUUAGACCAUCUGAAAAGAUCAAAUUGUUUGGUUAUGGAAAAGAACUCCAGGAUGACAUCUCCUUGGCCAUGCAAAACGUGCGACCAAACUCUAUUUUGCAUGUUGUUCGCACUGAAGUACAUCUAUGGCCAAAAGCACAGAAGUUACCUGGAGAGGACAAGGCUCUACGUCCUCCAGGGGCAUUCAGGAAAAAAGCUGACUUGUCUGUUAAGGAUGGACAUGUAUUUUUGAUGGAAUAUUGUGAGGAAAGACCUUUACUGCUUGCAAAUGCAGGAAUGGGUGCUCGACUCUGUACUUACUACCAGAAAACUUCACCCACUGAUCAGACAGCUAUAUCCCUGCGAAGCAACAAUGACGGACUGGGUACAGUGCUUGCUAUUGAGCCUGCUGAUAAAUCUCCUUUCCUGGGAGAUGUACGUUCUGGGUCCCAGCAAUCAUGUCUUGAGACAAACAUGUACAGAGCACCUGCAUUUCCUCAUAAAUUGGCAUCGACUGAUUAUCUUUUAGUUCGUUCGCCGAAAGGGAUGCUUUCUCUACGCCGCAUUGACAAGCUAUAUGCUGUUGGCCAACAAGAACCACACAUGGAAGUAUUUUCACCAGGAACGAAAAAUCUGCAGAAUCAUCUUUUGAAUCGAAUGCUCGUAUACGUAUAUCGUGAAUUCCGUCUUAGGGAGAGGCCUGGUGUUCUUUCUCAGAUUCGAGCUGAUGAAGUACCUAUUCAGCAUCCUCUGACAGAAGCUAUUGUGAGAAAACGAUUGAAGCAUUGUGCAGACCUGAAGAAAGGACCCAACGGACAUUAUUUCUGGACACAGAGACCUGACUUCCGGAUUCCGUCAGAGGAGGAGCUUAGAAGAUUGGUGUCACCAGAAAGUUUUAAUUUUCGCUUUGAAAGGGGGUCUUGUCUUGCUAUUGCGUUUAUGGUAACUGAAAGUCUGAAACUUCCAAUUCUCCAGGUCUGCUGUCAUGAGAGUAUGCAAGCUGGUCUGCAUCGUCUCAAUCGUUUAGGAAUCGAGAAGCUUACUCAGCCUGUGGGACUUGCUUCUGCAAUGAAUCAGCUUCCCGAUGAAGCAAUUGAGCUCGCUGCUGCAGCACAUAUUGAGAGGGAGUUGCAAAUCACUAGCUGGAACCUUACCAGCAAUUUUGUUGCCUGUACCAACCAGGAUCUAUGUGUUCCACCGGCUGGCGCCGCCCAACGCCAUCGUCGAGGCAGUGCUGACAAGGGUGCCAGUCGAAUCGCCGUGGACGUUGCCAGCGGCAACCACACGAUCGUGCUCACUGAGGCCGGUGCGGGGUUCAUGGAGGAGUGGUGGGCCCAGAGGCGCCAUGUAGAACCUUCUUUUUAUGUUGGCGCUUGCGCCUUUUGGCAAAGCGACUAUGGAGGCGGGACCCGCCUUGACCAGGCCACGAAGUCAUCUGUCACAGGGCAGACGGGGUGGGGGUGUGGCAUGCCGACUGUCGUGAAGGGAGGCGUGACAGCAAGGUCUCAACGAUUUCCAGGAUGCCGCGGCAGGGGUGAGCUUGCACCAUGGUCGCAACAAGAGGGUGAAGUUCGCGCCUUGGAUCAAAUGAUCACCGGAGACGCGGUCCAUGAGCUGGCAAAGAUGAGCAAGAAGUCCUCGGGGUGGCGAAGGACGCCCAUGGGUGAUGCGCGAAGGGAGAGGCUGAGGCGGCGCGCUGGGCCGCGCGGGAACGAGCGUGACUGGCGCGGCACUCUUUGCAGCCCUUGGCCUCAUGGCCGGAUAGGAGGCACCAAUGGCAGCGGACUUGGUUGGUGCACUCCCGCACAGGAUGGCCAGGGUCGAGGCAACGGGAGCACAUACCGGCAGCCACUUUCGGGAAAGGAAGUUGAUAGGGCGAAUGGGGGGAGGCCACGCCAGAGCGAUGGGGGCACCGGCGCUGAUUCUUGUGUCAUGACUGCUGGAAGCCGUCAGCGUCGAUCUUUGUGGGCCCGCAGGCGCGUGGCAGCUCUAGUUAGAUGGUUCAUGUAUGACAGAGAGAAUAUCGAAAGACUAGAAAUUACUGGUGUUGGUGAUCCAUCUGGCCGUGGACUAGGAUUUAGCUAUGUGCGAGUAACUCCAAAAGCACCUGUCUCCAAUUCAUCUCAUAAGAAAAAGUCAGCUGCAGCCAAAGGUACCACUGUUACUGGAACAGAUGCUGACCUCCGCAGGUUAAGCAUGGAUGCCGCCCGAGAGUUGCUUCUCAAAUUCGGAGUUCCAGACGAGCAAAUUGAUAAAUUAACAAGGUGGCAUCGUAUUGCUAUGGUGAGGAAGCUUUCAAGUGAGCAAGCAGCGUCAGGAAUUACAAUUGAUGAAAUUCCAGUUAGCAAGUUUGCACGUGGACAAAGGAUGUCUUUCAUGCAGCUUCAACAGCAAACUAAAGAGAAAUGUCAGGAAAUUUGGGACAGACAAAUUCAGUCGCUUUCUGCUAUAGACGGUGAUGACAAUGGCAGUGAUACAGAAGCCCAUAGUGAUUUGGACUCGUUUGCCGGGGAUCUUGAGAACUUGCUGGAUGCUGAAGAAUUUGACGAUGAAGAUGUUGGUACUGCAGACCUGAGAAGCGAUAAAGCAGACGGAAUGAGAGGGCUCAAAAUGAGAAGGUGCCCUACCCAAGCUCAGUUUAACGAGGAAAUUCAAGAUGAUCAAGCAGAAGCUGCUCUAGUAAAAAAAUUGCUCGAAGAGAGUGGCAAUGACCCGAAGAGGAAGAAACAACCUGUGGAUACGACGAAUCAGGGUGCCAAUAAAACGAAGCAGUUUAAGGCAUUGACGCCAAAGGAGAGCACGCCAAGAGGAGCGAAAGAGGUUGACAGUUCUUUUACUGAAGGUGGCUUAUCCUCCAAACUGAAAACCAAGCUGGCAGUUGAUGCAAACGAUAUCAUUCUGGUUAAAAAGAAAAAUGUUCAAGGAAAGGAUGGUUUAAAGUUCAUUUUGCUAGGCAGACAGGCAGUGACAUCUAAAGGUGCAGAGAAGAGGCAGGGAGCAAGGGGGGACAGUCUUGUAUGUGGAGCUUGCGGUCAGCUUGGACAUAUGCGGACCAACAAAUUGUGCCCCAAGUAUGGGGAGGAUCCAGAAACCUCGGAAAUGGAUGCGAUUUCCUACAGACCUAAUCCUCUUGAUGUAGCAAGUCAUGGUCAAACGAAGACACUGGGCAGGAGGUUGGUAGCCAAGGUUUCUUCUGAUGUUCCUGAAACUGAAGGGCAAGAAAGCAUUGAAAAGAUCAAACCAGUAAAAUUCAGAUGUGGGGCACCUGAGAAGUCCUUGGAACGGAAUAUGUCAGUGGCAGGUUCUUUGGUUUCUCAUAAACUUACAACGGAUUCUACAGAUUUGAGAUCUACUGGAAAGGUUAGCAAGAUUAAAAUAUACAAAAAGGAUGUACCUCGUAAGAAGGUCAUCAUCAAGCAGCCUAAAGGACAUGUAGACCAGCUAAGAGCUAUUGAAGUUAGGAGUGGUCAGGAGCCUAGAAAGAUAAGGAAAAUUGCUGAAUUGUCAAGUUUUGAGAAGAACAGCAGAGAUGAUGAUGGUUGGUAUGCUGGAGAGCCCAGCCAGAUGAAUUCCUCACAUGAUAGGUUGGGUCGGGAUGGUAACAGGAAAAGCAAAGAAGUAAUGGGAGGUGAUGAAUCCUGGAGAGCGUUUAAAGAGCAGCGAGAGAGACAGGAACAGAGGCUAAUUGAAGCUAGGAUUUAUAGCCGGGAGGAAGAGCUCCAGAAGGCAAAGAAGAAAAGCAAGAAAAAGAAAAAACAUGAUUUUCGAGAUGCUGACAUUCUUGAUCACAGGCCAUACAGAAAUGACAGAAAGGUACCUGAAAGAGAUCGAGCAUCAAAAAGACGUACUCCAGCUGAUAUGACAGAUUAUGCUCCAUCAGCGAAGCGACGCAGAGGAGGAGAGGUUGAGCUCUCCAACAUAUUGGAAAAGAUAGUUGAUCACUUGCGGAACCAGACUGCUAUAUCAUUGCUGUUUCUUAAACCAGUGACAAAGAAAGUCGCUCCCGAUUACUACGACGUAAUCCAGCGCCCAAUGGAUCUGGGUACCAUCAGGGACAAGGCGAGGAAGAUGGAGUACAAAAACAGGUAUGAAUUCAGGAAUGACGUGGCGCAGAUAGCAGACAAUGCGCACAUGUACAACGAGACGCGGCAUCCUCACAUCCCUCCGCUGGCCGACGAGCUCCUGGAGUUGUGCGACAACCUUCUUGAUGAAAGCGCGGACGUGCUCGACGACGCCGAGAGCGCAAUGGAGAGCUAG